AUGGAACGACGGACACGGACUCUACGCAUGAGAACUGAUGCUAUCAGCAAAACAGGGCAUGCUGUCGAAAAGGCUGGAAGUGCAAUAGAUGUAGUGCUUGUGGAGCAAGAACGGGCGAAAGGGUUACAACGAGAAAUCGAUGAGCGGAGAGGUUUAUUGAAGGAGAAUGAACGGGAGAUUACAACGAUCAGAAAUUCCCAGGGUCAUCUCACGCGAGUAGUAAACUCCGUCCAGCAAAAGCUUGCUAGAGUUGGGGACCAAAACACGGAUGUCAAUCGUCAGACGGGAGAGGAAGACCGAGCAUUGGUUGAAAAGGAGGCGCAAUUUGACCAAGAACAAGCCUUGUUGAGCAAAGAAGUGGACGAAAAAAAUGUCGCUGAGAAGGCAAUUAAAGAGAGGAUAGUACGGGAAGUAACGAACUUUUCCGAAGAGGUAACUGAGUUUGCUCGCAAGCAAGCUGAAAUGGUUGAAAAGAUGGGUGCUUACCACGCUGAUCUGAAGAAAGCUCGCGAUAUAAUCUCUGAAGACAACAGUAAGUCGUUCGGAGUAUUUAAGGAGACGCGGUGA